AUGGGGACACGAUUCAAAGGUGACACUAAAGAUCCAGCGGUCAAUGUCACUACAUGGGUUCUCUUAGUCAUAAUCAUUUUUAGUGUCUCUGCUCGACUUGGAACUAAAGUUCGACUGUUCAAGAGACUCAGCACGGAUGACCUCUUGAUCAUUGCAUCUCUGAUUGUCGGUAUCGGUCAGAAUAUCGCUGUUUCACUGGCAGUUGGGUCCGGUUAUGGAAAGCAUUCCAAAGAUGUCUCCAGCGCCAAUAUGCAACAGGUGAUGAAAGAUCUUUUCGCUGUCUCUCUUCUGUACCUCCUAAGCCUCAUGUUCUCGAAACUAUCUCUGGUCGUGUUUAUCCGGAGUCUUACACCAUCCGCCAAAGAUAAAUGGCUCGCCCGAGGUGUGGAGGCUAUCGUGUAUGUCUGGGCAGUUGUUGCUAUCUUUGGAACUGCAUUCCAAUGCUCUCUGCCCCGCGCCUGGGACUUCCAGAACGGCCAAUGCAUUAACCUGUUAACUUGGCGCUACUUCGUCGCUAUCUCCAAUAUCGUUACCGACCUCUUGAUUGUCGCUCAGGCAAUGAUCCUAAUUUCUAGCGUCCAAACGACGCUGUUGCGACGCCUGGCUUUUGCGGGUAUCUUCCUGCCUCGACUUCUUGUAACGAUCGCAACGGUCGGCGAGCUUGCCUUUAUCAAAAAAGGCACUGAAUCCAACGACCCAACGUUUCAGAUGUGUGAAAUCACUAUUUUCGAAGUGGCCAUUCAGUGUCUCAGCAUCGUGACGGCCUGUUGGGGACAACUGAGCCCGUUCCUGUCCUGGAUGCGAUCUAACGGGCUCAAGCUCAAUGGUGUGGAAGACCCAACCUCGUGGAGCUAUAAGAUACGCUCACAAUCCCAGGGGCGGUCCAAGUCGCGAGACCGUAAGAUCAGGUCUGAAAGCCACGAACUUCCCCCUUUGCUGAUACGACGAGAUCAGAUUUUGGUCACACAGGAUUGGGAGCUCGACAGCCAGUCAAGUCAGGCGCAUAUACCGGAUUUCAAUAUGGGGUCGGCAACCAAUCCUCUCGUGCUAGAACUAGCGACACCAGAAGAUGUCCCUGCCAUCACUGAGCUAUGGUUUGCUGCCUUUACGCAGCCAGUGAUUGGGAAACUUUUCCCCAACACUCCCGGUAUGCACCAAUGGCACCGGGAUUGGCACUUGGGGGACAUUCAGAAGUCCCACUACAGAUACCUCCGAGUAGUGGACACCCAGUCAAGAGAUGAAAAAGGCCGACCGCGGCUAGUUGCCUUUGCCAAAUGGGACCUAGCCAUGCCAAAUGAGCGAGGUCGUCGCUUUCCGCAUUGGCAUGAGGACUCGCCUUACCAGGAAUGCGAGGAUUUCAUUGCAGAACUGGAGCAGGCGAGGGAGAACGUCAUGGGCGAUGAGAAACAUUACUACCUCGAUACCCUUGGCACUCAUCCUGAUUAUCAACGGCGCGGAGCUGGCUCUAUGCUUGUCAAGUGGGGCUGCGACCUGGCAGAUAAGGAUGGCGUUAUGGCAUACGUGGAUGCCAGCAAGGAGGGAGCAUUUCUAUACCAGAAACAUAACUUUGUGGAUUUCAGUCCGCCUGGUUCGGAAGUGGCUUCGAUGGCUCGCCGCCAUCAGGUGGUUCCGAGCGAUCACACUUGA